AUGUGGCUGUUUUUAACAACAAUCUCUUUGAUUUGUGGAACUUUAAAUGCUGUUGAAUUGCUUAAUUUGGAAAAUGAAGCAAAUCCUGAAGUGUGGAUGAAUAUUAGUGAAAUCAUCACCUACAAUGGCUACCCCAGUGAGGAGUAUGAAGUCACCACUAAAGAUGGGUACAUCCUCAGCAUCAACAGAAUCCCCCAUGGACAAAAGGAUGCCAGGACAGGUCCCCGGCCAGUAGUGUACUUGCAGCAUGCCCUGUUUGCAGACAAUGCUUGCUGGCUUGAGAAUUACGCCAAUGGCAGUCUCGGAUUCCUUCUAGCAGAUGCAGGUUAUGACGUAUGGAUGGGAAACAGCCGAGGGAAUACUUGGUCAAGAAGACACAAAACACUCUCGGUGACUGAUGAGGAAUUCUGGGCAUUUAGUUUUGAUGAAAUGGCCAAAUAUGAUCUUCCAGGAAUAAUAGACUUCAUUGUAAAUAAAACUGGUCAGGAAAGGCUGUAUUUCAUUGGACAUUCACUUGGCACUACAAUAGGGUUUGUAGCCUUUUCCACCAUGCCUGAACUGGCACAAAGAAUCAAAAUGAAUUUUGCCUUGAGUCCUGUGGUCUCUUUCAAAUAUCCCACGGGUAUUUUUACCAGUUUUUUUCUACUUCCAAAUUCCGUAAUCAAGCGUACGUUUGGUACCAAAGGUUUCUUUUUAGAAGAUAAGUCAAGAAAAAUAUCUUCUAUCAAAAUAUGCAACAAUAAAAUACUCUGGGUGAUAUGUAGUGAAUUUAUGUCCUUAUGGGCUGGAUCCAACAAGAAAAAUAUGAAUAUGAGUCGAAUGGAUGUGUACAUGUCACAUGCACCCACUGGAUCAUCGAUACAGAACAUUCUGCACAUAAAGCAGCUUUACCGAUCUGAUGAAUUCAGAGCUUACGACUGGGGAAGUGAAGCUGAGAACAUGCUUCACUACAAUCAGAGUCAUCCUCCACAGUAUGAUUUGACUGCCAUGAAAGUACCCACUGCUGUGUGGGUUGGUGGACACGAUGUCCUUAUAACACUCCAGGAUGUGGCCCGGUUACUACCCCAAAUCAGGAACCUACGUUACUUUGACCUGUUGCCAGAGUGGAAUCAUUUUGAUUUCAUCUGGGGCCUGGACGCUGCACAGCGGGUAUACAGUAAAAUCAUAGAUUUGAUGAAGGCGUAUGCCUAA